AUGGCGGAAACGACUCCCUCAAAUCAUGCAGGUUACGCGUUCUCUAGAGAAAAUUCGAAACAAUUGGAUAAACGAAUUGGAAAAUCGGAUUAUGAUGCUCCAGGUGUUAUCGAGUCUGAAGAAAAUAGUAUUCUCCUCUUCUUUAUAUUAGGAUGGAGUUUCUUAAUGUUGAUUGUUGGAUGCAUAUACAUUAAUGAUUGUAAGAUCCAGCCCUUUAUACCUAUUUUUUUAAUAAUUGCUGGAAUAUCAGGCAUUAUCCUGUUUCUUGUCUAUUUUUUGGGAGACGUGUCAUCUGAAGAUUCCUGUCCGACAAAAUUCUGUUUCAGAUCUUUUCAAAUGGGAUUUACUGCUAUUCAUAUGUUUUCUGUAAUAUGGAUUGCCCUAGGAAGUGUGUGGAUAUGUGGAUCUAUUGAAAUGAUUCAGCGCUGUAAUGUGAGAAACUCAGCUCUUUGCUGUAGCAAUGUACCUGUAUUCGUUGCGCUAUUUUCUCUGAUUCUCGCUUUAAUUUAUCUUUUUAUAAUUACAGUUUCAAUUUUACACGGCAUCAUAGAUUAUUUUUUCUUUCAACGUUGACGUGUAGAAAAUGAGUAUAAGAAUCAAGUUU